GGAAGAUGAGUGAACAAAGGCAGCGCGCCCUGUCUACGUCAGGGGAGGCUCUCUACCAGAUACUGAGUCUGGACAAGAACUGCACACACGACGACAUCAAGAAGUCCUACCGGAAACUUGCUUUAAAAUAUCAUCCUGACAAGAAUCCAGACAACCCUGAUGCCGCAGACAAGUUUAAAGAGCUGAACAAUGCCCACACGGUCCUGUCAGAUGUUACCAAGAGAAACAUCUACGACAAGUAUGGAUCCUUGGGUCUCUAUGUCUCACAACAAUUUGGAGAAGAGAAUGUCAACACAUACUUCCUGCUAUCCAGCUGGUGGGCGAAGGGCCUGUUUGCGAUCUGUGGCCUGCUGACGGGCUGCUACUUCUGCUGCUGUCUGUGCUGCUGUUUCAACUGCUGUUGUGGGAAGUGUAAGCCUCGCACACCAGGGGAGGAGGACCCAGAGUGUUACGUGUCGCCUGAAGACCUGGAGGAGCAGAUUCGCACAGACAACGAAACAGAUGGUGACACCCCCAUUGUGCAUCAGCCAACCAAUGCCAGUGAGAAGACUCAGUUGAUUGGUGACGGGCACAGGAGUUAUACCUGA